AUGUAUACACCGCCGAGUCGAGCGCCCACGGGCUUCUCGUUCAGGAGGGCUGGAUCGAGCUUCAGCAUAAGGGCUAGUAACUCUAAAAAUGCAGCGCCCGCAGAGCCUCUUUGUGUCGAAGAUUGGAUCGUCGCCUACGAUAUUCCAACGGAGAAACUCAGAAAGCAUCUGGCUGAGGUUGUGUUCCAGGAAUGUAACCUUACUUUUGAGGGAGACAAAAUCAGACUCAAGGGGGACAAUCUGAUGCUUCGCUUGCCUCGAAUGCUCAGUGAGGACGAGAAAGCAGAAAUUUAUAAGAUAAAGGAGCCAGGCGCAUCGCUACGGGAGGAACUACCCACCCAUACUCCUUUGCCACUCAGCAUGGCGAGAGCUCGAGCCACAAGAGACCACCCAGCCGUUCGAGACUUUGACAAUGAACUUUAUCGCUGCACGUUAUAUACUCCACCUCCACCUCUUUCCAGUGGCAGGCCCCAAGGGCUCAGAGAAGAUGGCUCAAGCUAUUAUCAAGCCCAAGGCUUGCUUGACUAUGCCUACCGCCACUGGCCUGGAUAUCCACGGAUUAAUCCUGUUACGCCGGCCAAACUCCUUGAUCCACAUACUGGGUGCAUCCUCAUAUUCAGUAUACUGCUGAUGAUGGACCGUGGCUGUUUAGUCCAUCUGUUUAGAAGUCAACAAAUGUUUGAUCGCAACCUCCCAAUCAAUGUCUCAGCAUUGGAAGAAAUAUUCCAUACGAUGCUCGAGUCCGCUAGAGAACACGGCUUUCACCUCGAUCCUAUAGCUCUGACCCAUGAAUUCGAUGACCUACAAUGGAAGUUCUGUCCCGCGAGAUUUGAUCUAGGAGAGGAACAGUACUUCAACAAUCCGAAGCAAAUCAUACCAAUCGUCGAGAGAUCUAUAUUGAGUGAAAGUGGCGGGACAGCAGUGCUAUGGCAAGUUGCAAUUCUGGAAGAGUUUGUGAGCAGCAAACUAGCAGUAACCGUCACAAGAUCUCGCUAUCGUGAAGAUGACAACCUAGGCUGGCGCUAUCGCUUUGCUCUCAAACAGUUCAAGGAAGGCUACAAGCGUCCUUAUAUCAAUGAAGCAGAAGCAUUUCGGUCUCUGCCUUACUCCGGCAUGAAUCGAUACCUGGGUUGCUAUGUUCACAAGGUUAUACCGUCCAUCAUAGGCAUCGACGCCAAUGGAGUCUCUGCACAAGAGUCCUACAACAUUCUUCUCGAAUAUGGGGAAUGCGAUCUCUGGACGGUCUUCAAUGAGGAGAUGUUGCCACUGGUCUUGCAAAGCGAGAUAGACGCAUUUUGGAACAGCUUAUUCAAUAUUGCAAAGACUUUAAGUCAAAUUCACUAUCUACCUGCGAUUCCCGAUAGGAAGGAAGAAUUCUGGGGUAAUAGAUGGCAUGCGGACAUCAAACCGUCCAAUGUACUCGAAAUAGAUGGAGAAUUCAAGCUCGCAGAUCCUGGUUUCGCGAUUUUUCAAAAGAAGAUAGGGAAUGCUAGACCAACAGCUGAAUUAACAGGUGGCACGAAGACAUACAGCGCACCAGAACAAAUUCCUCGAGCGGGACCUAGUCGUGGAUUCUAUCAAACAGUCGACGUAUGGGCUCUGGGUUGUGUCUUUUCAAUAGCAGCGACAUGGAUUGCUCUGGGUCACCAAGGCGUACGAAAGUACACACAAUUACGAGAAGAAGCCAACCAUCGCGCUUUGAACAGUAUUGCUCAAUCAGGAAACCAGGAUCUUCCACGACUCGAUUCUGGUGACUACUUCCACGACGGGAGAGAUGUCUUGCCUGAAGUCACUGCUUGGCACUUAUACCUGCGUAACAUACUUCGAGGGACGGAUCGAGUCACAAGUCAAGUUCUUGACGUGGUAGAUCACCACAUGCUGAUCAAGGAUCCUCGCAACAGAUGGCAAUCUUCUGAAGUCUAUGAAAAGCUCUUCAAGAUUAGCUUAGGACUGGAAGACCCAACUUCGACUGUGUCGCCGGAGAUUAUCGAGUUUAUCAGCUCUUCUGCACAAAGUGAACCAACGAGCUCGAGGCCAGUCAACCGAGCCCAUGGUCGGAAGGGCAUGAAGUCGAAAUACUUCCGGCCUCUAAUCGAAGAGACUCAGUUAGAAUCCAACAUCGACUUGGCACAGAUACUAAACGAAUACGGACAGAGCCCGGCCAUGGCAGAAACAACAGUACAGGGUGAUUCACAGAUGGUGAGCGGACCAUUCUAUCGUUCGCCUACCCAAUCCACCACUACACUUCCAGUCACUGAAUACGACAACUCUGAGAACCUGGAUUACAAGCAAGUUCAGAGGAAUGUACCGGUAAUGUCUUCCGCGGAAGCGAAGUUUCAAGCCAAGGUCCAGGACAUCUUUCAAGCCUACGAAGGAAUAGAAGAGUCAGUUGGAAAGAGAUCUAUGGAUGAUUACCUUGUGAAACAGUAUAAUAAUCGUGAGAUUAAAUUUUUGGUCGACAAUUCAUGGUCUAUGCACAAGCAUUGGGCAAAUGUUAAAUUUGUCCUUAAGACUCUUGCUAUGAAAGCGAAAGGUCUGGAUCCGGAUGGAGUUGACUUAUAUUUCACCCUCUCUGGAGUAAACGUGGGGAAGAAGACGGGCGUAAAAACCCUCAUGGACGCCAUGGUAGAUCUCAAAGUCGCCCCUCCGGCUGAGAACGAUGGUAAGACGACUGACAUGGCAGCUCGACUCGAUGAUUUGCUUAGAGAUUAUCUUGAUCGGCAGCAAUUUCCGGAAGACAGCUCAAAAGUUACAAUCAUUGUCCUGACCAACGCUAUGUGGGAUGAAGUCCCUGUUGCCAAGCGUUUACUUGAAUUCGCGAAAACAUUGAAAGUUGUCAGGAAGAGCGAGCUUACCGAUCGUCUAAUUAGCAUUGAGUUCAUUCAAUUUGGCAGAGACCCCUAUGCGAUGGAAAUACUUACUGGACUGGGCGACGAGUUGAGAUAUAAAGGCAUCCCUGACUUCGUCGACGUCGAGCACUCCGAUGGCAAUAUAUACAAAAUGCUAUUAGGCAGCUUCGUCCACGAUAUCGACGAUCACAACCCCGAAUCUAACGAAGACAACGCAUCAAUACUCAGACCCACGUCACCAGAUAUUCAAGACUAUUUCGAAAGGAGACCUGCGACGAACUUUACUUAUGCUGAAAUAGGGCCUCCAGCAUCUCCGUCCUCAAUUCAAGCGCCUCUUCCGUAUCGCUCUGGACCUUCGCCGACUCGCGAGCUGAAUCAACAUGAAGCUAGGGUUUUACAUCCACAGCAAGAAAUGAGCUAUCAUGAAUAUGACGGUUCGCCCACGCACGAGAAUAUCGAUGGCAUCAACAUGUUUGAUGACGAUUCCAUCGCUUCGGGCUGGAUGACCGACGAGUCUUCGUCAACAGAUGAUGCUUCGGACGAUUUUCCUCUGAACAUGAGACUUCAGGAUCCAACAGUAUAUUUCCAAGAGCUGGACAACCCGGAAUCACAAGUUUUGAAGAAUUCGAUGUUCCAAUUCUAUACGAAUGGAACAACUUACGAGCCCUUCCAAUACCGUUUUGGUUUAGAUACGGGAAAUAGUGGUAGCACUUCACUGCAGGUAUUGAAGGAUGAUGAUAUAAAGAUAUUCUAUGAAGAAGUACUCAAAGCAGCGAAUGAGGCUGUGUCUGGAACAGCUUCUCCUUUUGCGAUAGUGCAUGACAGCUACAACUCCCCGGAUAAACUUGAACGUGCGAUCGAGAACAUGUUUCAUGUCAUCGAAUGUCGGAAUAUCAUUCUCUGUAUCGUGCAGAGCGUCGAAGCUAUGGAGAAUGCAUCAUACUGUGGUGACUUUAUCAGUAUUCUUGUUCUCGACAAAGCCAGGCAUAAUGUCGCAAGGCUUCUCCCGAUCCAAUGUCACAAGAUCAGGCGGUUGGCAACUGCGUUCGAGAGUUGUCUCUCUCAACUCAUUGGUCUUUAUCGCCUUCGCCCCAUGAGUAUUUUUGAGAUUGAGAUGAUAUUUGCAAAGGAUGUCUCGGAGGCUUGCCAAGAGAUACUUUCUGAGCUUGGCUUGAGUAUUCCUAUUGCACACUGCACCGAACUAUGGCGAUCUUUCUUGUGUCUCGACGAGUUUCUAGGCGGGAAAGAAGCUUGGGUCCUUGAGUGGCAUCAUCCAGAUGCUCCGCAGCUUAACUUACCUCCCUUGUAUCUUUCAGCUGAUGCCACAACGUUCGCUGAUAUAUGGGGACCUAUGUGGAAAACAUGCGCUUUGCAAGACGGUCAGACCGACAAUGAUCGCAUUCUUAGUUAUAGCGUUGGAAAUGGAGUAAUACUGCCGUGGAAGCUGCCGACUUCUGAUCCCCAGCAAUCAAUUAGCUGUCAAACACAUGAAGUGUUUUGCCAUUGGAUGUCAGACAAAGAUCUCGGUGAGAUUGGUGACGUUCUUGGAUCAUCUGGAGCACUUUUACGCCCCGAAGACAUCCUUUUUAUUGGGGCCAGUACGAAACUGCAGUGCAAUACGCGGUGUAACUCAUCAACUGGUGAGAUCAGACAGCAUCUGCGGAAUUCGAACUCCCUUUUUGAGACUGGUACGAUAAAGAACACGAGGAUUCUUGAUUCAGAAGCAGUCCAAAUACAACUUGGCCCAUCGUACGUGAAGGGCAGCGCACAGCGCACAUACAAAAGGCGUAGAAAAGCUUGGAAAGAAGCUUGGACCGAGGAGUGGAAAAACAAUCCUGAAAGUCGUAACAUCCGGAUACUGGAGUAUAAGUUCGGAGUUGAAGUUUCGGCAUGCACGUUUAAUGCUCGUCGGCAAAGACUCAUCAGUCUCCUUGGCUCCAAAACUAUGAUAAAUCACCUACGCAACGGAGCCCUGACAUGGAUGAGCCCCGAGUGUGAGCAGAGCUUCUAUACCGCCCUCGAGAGUCGUAAUCAUAAGGCAUUUCGCAAGCUAUAUCUGUCCAAGAAGAAUUGGCAAUCCGAUCUUGGAAAGGCCAUAACACAUUGUUUAGAAGCCCUGACGCGGACAGGAACUGAUGCUGAAAGCCUCAACCUUCACUGGGUCCCCAACUCAGAACCCGGACACAGAGUGAAUCUACCGUUGCGCGAGCAUACUUGGGUGGGGUUUUUAAAGGACACCGAAACGUGUUGUACGAUGGCUAUACUCGAAAAUGAGUGUCUGGAGCUCCCGGACUCGAUCCAAGCUAGAAAGUGCCAAAACCGAGGAAGUGACUCGGGACCAAUCAUAGAUACCAUGACUAAACAGGGUUUCAACAGCUCAGUCCUUGAGACUUCUUUCAUGCUACAUCAGAAUUCCAUUCCCAAGCCAAUGCACCCCAAACCUUGUCAUGGGCACAAUGGCUCUAGCUCUAGGUAUAAAUACGUCUGGAGCACAUCUUCAUUGGAAGCCGGAAAAAAGUUCCACUUCGGCGAGAAUGGACAGUUGAUGUGCAUCAAACCUCUCGGCAACGGCCAAAUAUUGGCAAAGUGGAAACACUCCUGGGAGUUCCUGGAAGCACUGAAGGAAAAGUUCCAAGGUGAAAGCAGACACCGGGAGUAUAUCAGAGCUGAAAAGGGCGGCGCUGGACCUGUAUACGUCCUGAUUAUGAGUUCCGAGCACGCGACGAUGAAUCGUCUACUGGCUGCUUCGGAAAAGCUACUCAAUCGACCUCGCAGCAUUCAAUGCAUGAGGACAUCCUCGAAAAUGGGACGAUCUGGAAAUAUCGGAGCCUCGAUGAACAAUGAAACAGCACUGAUAAUGGACUGGAGCACUGAUCAAAAAGCGAGGUGGCAGAAGUUUAGUCGAGAUUCGGACGGAUAGUGGGGC